GGCAACCAAAUAUACAACAGUAAUUGACGCGCAUGCGUGCGUUUAUUUUUUAUUUUCAUAAACAAGAAGUGUCAGUGUCAACGUCAAAAGCACAUGUUUGUGACAGAAACAACCCAAUUGUCGACCACAAAAGAAAUGGACCCGGGCAAAAUCAGGGAGAAUCUGGAAAGCCAGUUGUCUGAACUGGAAGCUCUCCAGUCGAUGUACAACCCGGGGGAGCUCCGAGUCGAGGAUUUGAACGUUCUGGCCGACAUUAACGCGUUCGUUGACGGUCGGACGUGCGAUUUGCCCGCAUAUUUGGAUCUAACGCUCAAUCUUUCAAUCGAUAAUCAAAAAUUCGAACUUUGUAUAAACCUCUCGCACGAGUAUCCCGACGUGGAGCCCGAUCUCUUCGUCCGUAAUCACAAGUUGAAUAAAAAACAACACGCGACGCUUAACAAGGACUUGACCGAGUACAUCGCGAGCUUGGACCGCAUGCCUUGCAUUUUCUCGGCCGUCUCUUGGCUGCAGGACAACGCCUCGAGUUACAUUGUUUUGGAGGAAGUGGACGAGCAACGCGUCGAAAAAGACGAGUCACUUGUGCGAUACUGGAUCUACUCUCACCACAUUUACAGUAAGUCGAAACGGCGCGAGAUCCUCGAUUUGGCGAAUACUUUGAACAUAACCGGGUUUUGUAUGCCCGGAAAACCCGGGAUUAUCUGUGUGGAGGGAACGAAAAGUGACUGUACUGAGUGGUGGCAGACGAUCAAAGCGAUGAAUUGGAAACGGAUUUUUUGCAAAAUUAGUGAGGAGUGUAACGAGGCGAGUGAGAGUUUUUUGAAGUUUCGAACUUUUGAGGAACGCGUCUUUCAGAAUUGUAAUGUUAAGUGUAACCAUAUGAACAUGGGGGAGUUGUUCAAGUUUUUGGAGGAUCAUCAGUGUGGGUAUAUUUUUAAGGACAUUUUUGGGGUCGAGGCCAAGGCUAGCUCUUAAGGGGGGUUACACCCACAAAAAAAAUUAUAAAAUUGUGGAAAUUUAAAUCGUCCAAAAAUUUGUUUUUUUUAUAAAAAUUUCUUUAAUAGGUGAAGUGUAGCAUAAGUUUUUUUUAGUUGUUGUUAUUAAAAAGAAAGUGUUUUGUAAAUCAUUUUUUUUGGGAUGUAACCCAUUCAAUGGUUGUGCAAUAAACUUACCUUGUAUAUUUUUUGUAAAGUCGUCUAAUAAACUGCGUUUUUUCUUA